AUGGCGGACGCCCAUAACUCACACCCUUCCCUCGUCGACGGCAACGCUCUGGUGGCCAAGUCCCUCGCUCAAGCCGACGUGGCCCACAUGUUCGGCGUCGUCGGAAUUCCUGUGACCGCAGUUGCCACCCGUGCCGUCGCCUUGGGCAUCCGAUUCAUCGCCUUCCACAAUGAGCAGUCGGCGGGUUACGCGGCCUCUGCAUACGGAUACCUCUCGGGGCGACCCGGAAUCAUGCUCACUGUUAUCAAGCAUGCUUAUUCGGGCCGGCCCGGUGGGUGUUACCUGGAUCUUCCCUCCGACGUGCUUCACCAAACAAUCACGGAAUCUGAAGCCGAGAAGUUACUCAUUGAAGCUAAAAAUUGCGGGGAAGAACCUGUGAUUGAGACUGCGAACCCCUCUGAGAUUGCAAAAGCAGUUUCGCUAUUGCGAAAAGCAGAGAGGCCUCUGAUUGUGUUUGGGAAAGGUGCUGCAAUAUCUAGAGCUGAAAUGGAGUAA